AUGUCUUUCCGGGUGCUUGCUCUCGCUGCCCUGGCGCCGCGCGCGCUGGGGGCUAACCUUGUUGCAUCGCACUUUUCAGGCACCCUUUUUAGUCUGUCGUUUGAUAAUAAUACUGACACGCUGUCGGUAACUUCAGAAGCUACUGGCUGCGGGCGCAUGCCUGCAUGGCUCGACUUUCGGUCGGAUACAAGGCAUUUGUACUGUUUCGAUGAGUCCUGGUUCGGCAGCGGCAUUCUUGCAGAGUUUUCGGUCGACAGCUAUGGAAAGCUUUCAUUGACCGGGCAGGCCCGCACGGCCGGGCAGUCUGUUCAUGGCACGCUCUCUCCCUCGACCAUAACCACCUACAAGCUCCCAGUCAGCGGUGCUCGAGUCCAGCAACAAGAAAAGUUCAUCUCCAGCCGCGGCCCCCACCCCCGUCAAGAUGCGCCUCACCCGCACGAAGUGCAUGUUGAUCCUUCCGGGAAGUUCGUGCUAGUCCCCGACCUCGGCGCUGACCUGAUUCGCAUCUUCAAGGCCGAGCCGGACGGCCGACUGUCCCUGUGCUCCGAGGCAAAGGCCGACCCCGGCGACGGACCACGUCACGUCAAGUUCUGGGAGUCAGCCAGCGGCAAGCGCAAGCUUUUCUCGCUGAACGAGUUGUCGAAUACCGUGUCUGCGUGGGAUAUUGACGGGAUUUCGUGCCUUAGGCUGACGAAAACGCAAACCUUGUCGACGUAUCCGCCUGGCAAGCAGGGCGGGCCGUUGACUAAGGCGGCAGAGUUGCAUGCUGUGGGCAACUUUUUGUAUGCGUCGAACAGGGCGGAUGAGUCGUUUGGCCCGGAGCAAGACUCCAUUGCGGUGUACAGGAUUGAUCUGGAGACUGGUGAGCUGGAGUUUGUGGAGUUGGCUAACUCGUAUUCGUUUUAUCCGAGGACCUUCCAGGUUAAUGCCGAUGGGACGCUGGUUGCGGUUGGUGGGCAGACGUCGUCGAAUGUGGCCAUCAUUGCGCGCGAUCCGGAGACGGGGAAGCUUGGUGAUCUGUUGGCCAGCGUGCAAGUUGGGCAGAGGGGGCGUCCGAAUAAUGAAGAUGGCCUGAGUGCGGUGGUGUGGGUGGAUUAG